UCGGCUACCUCGGCGGCCCCGCAUGUGACUCAACAUGGCGGCGGCUUCCCCCCCAACUCGGGUGGCCGCGUCCAAGAUGGCUACGCGGGCUCGUCAGCGCGCCUCCAGGACGGCGUUCGCGGCCAAGAUGGUCAGCCUGCUUCCAAGCCUCUAGUUGGCCCUUGUUUUCGCUGCGGCAAGUCAGGGCAUUUGGCGAAUUCCAGAAAUUGUCCGGCAAAAAACAAAACUUGCCAAUUUUGCCGCAUCAAGGGGCAUUUCGCGGCAGUCUGCCGUAAACGGCAAGCGUCGGUGCAAGAAGUUGCCCCCGUCCAAGACGCUGACUCCGGCACUGCCACAGUCCUGUCCGUGCAGGCUGCGCCGACUAGCCCAAGAGACUUGCGCAUCCCUGUUAUCGUCGGAGGACAUAGCCACAUGUCAUUGCUGGUGGACACCGGAGCCACUGCAUCAUUAAUGACCAAGAAGGACUUCGACAUGCUUUUCGCUUCGAAGCACCGACUGCUCCAAACGUCCAUCCAACUGCAGAAUUUUUCGAAGCACCGCAUACCGGUCCUAGGGUAUUUCCGCACAGACUUGCAGCACCAUGGCAAGCGGGCCUUUGUCACCUUCUACGUGACCGCACACGGCACUUCACUGCUGGGGCUCGACGCCAUCCAGCAGUUGGGACUCCUGAUCGACGGCGCAACGCUAACGUGUCGUCUGGCUUCACCCGUUUCCUCGCAGCUUCCUGCAGGUGUGCCUCCGGGGUUCGAGCACCUGUUCGACGGGGAGCUGGGACUUGUCAGGGACUACGUCCACCGGGUCAAGAGGCGGCCGGACAUCGUACCAGUGUCCGCCAAGCUACGUCGCCUGCCUCUGGCGCUCCGGCAACAAGUCGCCAGCGAGCUGCGUCGACUCGAGGACAACGACGUCAUCGAGCGGGUGUCGGCAUCCGAAUGGGUGUCGCCACUCGUGGUCGUCCGUAAGAAGGACGGGGACAUCCGCCUAUGCGUCGAUCUGAGAGAACCGAACAAGGCCAUCGUCGUCGACGGGUUCCCACUGCCCCAUGUGGAUGAACUGCUUCAAAUGUUGAAUGAGCUGUUGCCUCGGCAAUCCAUUCCUAGUGCCCCGGCUGUCCAGUGCGACGACGCACCGGCUGAAGUGCACACUCCGAUGCCUGCGACCCAGGAUCAACCAUCGGGACUUCAGGGGGAAAGUCCUGGGUGUUCCUCCUCACCUACAGUAAAUGCACCAAAUUCCAACACGGGGGAGGGAAGAGAUGGGAAUGGGUCUUCAAAGUCGGCUCCCGACAGCCGCAACUCUCAAAGUCUUCCUGCAGGGCCUGGGUCACGUCGCCCACAGCGGACGCGCAAACCCCCAGCCCACUUGAAGGACUACAUCACAGACUAAAGUAGUCCGCAUCUUCUGGGGCUAUACUGCCUUAGAGGCCCGCAGUAUAGCCGCAGAGGUUUAGUGUGUGUGAACUUUUCGUGCAUAGUGCAAGCUGGCACUUGUGUUGGCGUGGUGAAGUGACUUUUUUUUGUGUGUGUAACAUAGGUGGUAAUAUGUACAUCUAGGACUGAACUUCUGCGUAUUGCAGGUGCCAUCUUUAGGAGAACUUGAAUGUGAAUUUUUUAGUGGUUCUUGAUGUACCACAGUUACAAUUGUAUAAGGAUGCAAUUCUUCCCAGGGCGGGACGAUGUUGUGUCGUGCGACCCCUGGUGCCAUGCUGAGACACCAGUGCUGUUGUGCUUUCUAUUCAUGCUACUGGGGGGAGCUGGGUCUCUGCCAUGCCUCUGUGCUACCACCAAUCCGGCGUGGUCAUGCCGGUCAUGUGACCCGUGCCUCGCUGACCAAUAGCCUUUCUUCUCUCUCCUUAAAACCGCCUGCAAUAAACGCGGGAGGGCAGUCU